AUGGAAUUCGAAAAGAAUAAUUUUUUAUCAAUUCUGUACGACCUGAAAUCAAUAAUAAAGUCUGAUCAGUGCCUAAUAAUAUUGUCACUUAUUGAUCUUAAAACUUUUAUAGUGCUUUGCUUGGGAAUUAUUCUGAGUGUUGUGCUGUAUUGGCUAUUUUUUGUGCCCCUCAAUUGGAUUAAGCAUAUGGAUGACGGGCAGUUGUCACAAACUGGAAAAAAUGUAAGAUGCAACAGCAAGCGAGCGGCCAUCAAUCGUCUGAGAAGAUCGCGAGCAAUCGGGGCAAAGGAAUUACCUCCUCCAUUCCCCAAUGGAUGGUAUGGAAUUCUGGAAUCAUCGAAACUGAGUGCUGGUGAAUCCACUCACAUAUCUUGCUUAGGAGAGCAGCUUAUAGCAUAUCGCACUAAGCAAAAUGAAGUUUUUAUAUUGGAUGCAUAUUGCCCACACUUGGGAGCCAACUUGAGCAUUGGUGGCCGAGUCGUUGGGGACAACAUUGAAUGUCCCUUUCACCACUGGAGUUUUAGAGGAAGUGAUGGAAUGUGUACUAACAUUCCUUACAGCACUAGCGUACCUCCGGCCACAAAAAUAAAGAAAUGGACUUCCAAAGAAGCCAAUGGGUUUAUAUUUGUUUGGUAUAGUGUCGAAGGAUCUGAAAUUCCGUGGGACCUUCCAAAAUCCAUCGAAGUUGAAAGCAAUGCAUUAGUUUACCAGGGUCGAAAUGAAUUUUAUGUUACCUGCCAUAUUCAAGACAUACCGGAAAAUGGUGCUGACCUGGCGCACUUCAAGGCAAUUCACAAUGAUAAUAUUGUGACCGGCAGCUCUGAUCAGAAGAACAGUAUAUUUGGCAAGCUCGGAUACCAUCAGUGGCAGGCAAGUUGGAAUUCUUCAGCGGACAAGUACAUAGCUGAAACAAAGAUGAGUCAUACGUUUGAUCUGUUUGGAAAAUUUCCAUGUUUUCGAAUGACUGUAGUCGGAAGACAGAUUGGACCAGCUUACGUUCAUCUCACUUUGCACUCCCCAACGUUUGGAAGUUUCCAAAUCUUUCAAACUGUCACUCCAGUAGAGCCCUUAUUGCAAAAAGUGGUACACAGAUUUUAUGCCCCUCGAUCGAUGGCUCCUUUUAUAAAGUUUUUAAUUUUCGGAGAAACUGUUAUGUUCGAGCGGGAUAUGAAAAUAUGGAAUCAUAAGACGUAUAGGAGCAGCCCACUGCUUGUAUCGGAAGAAUCUUCCCUAAAAAAGUUUCGAAAAUGGUAUGCGCAGUUCUAUACAGACAACAGUAAAUCAUUUCAGCUUGCGAGCAACCAAGAUUGGUAGAAGAGGAUCAAUGAUAACGAAUAACAUGCAUGGCUUAUUGUAUAAAAUAACGUAUUGUGAAUAAAUAAUUGAAAAGUCAAU